AUGCCGGGGAUUCCGAGAUUGUCUGGGUUUUUCUCUGCAGCGAUGAUGAUGAUUGCACUUUCCCCAUUUCGUCAGUUAUUCACUCCGGCGGAAGCGAUUAAAUCCUCUCAAACCGAUUUUUAUCCGCGAUUAAGCGCUCCGACAGAAUCCUCAGACUCUCUGAACAGAUUCUCUUUCAGAAAAGCAGAUGUAUUCCACAAUGCCGUCGAAUGCCGCUCAUUAAAAUUGGGGAAAUCCGGUUCGUGCGAUCCCUCUCUUGUCCAUGUCGCCAUUACUCUUGAUAUUGACUAUUUACGCGGUUCGAUAGCUGCCGUUCAUUCGAUUCUUCAGCAUUCCAAGUGCCCACAGAGUGUGUUCUUCCACUUCCUAGUUUCUGAACCCGGACUCGAAACCCUAGUCCGAUCCACUUUCCCAGAAUUGAAGUUUAAAGUCUAUUUCUUCGAUCCGGAACGGGUCCGGAGCCUGAUCUCAACUUCAGUACGGCAAGCUCUUGAACAACCGCUGAAUUAUGCUAGAAAUUACUUGGGAGAUCUUUUGGAGCCAUGCGUCAGAAGGGUGAUUUACUUGGAUACGGAUCUGGUACUGGUUGAUGAUAUUUGGAAGCUUUGGAAUACAAGCUUGGGGAAGAAGACCAUUGGAGCACCCGAAUAUUGUCACGCAAAUUUCACCAAAUACUUCACUGAGUACUUCUGGUCGGACCAGCAAUUUCCCGGCGUAUUUUCCGGCAGAAACCCUUGCUAUUUCAACACCGGAGUGAUGGUGAUAGAUCUGGUCAAAUGGCGGCGGUUAGGGUACACGCGGCGAAUUGAGCGGUGGAUGGAGAUACAGAAGACUAGUCCUAGCAAGAUCUACGAGCUCGGCUCUCUGCCGCCGUUUCUCCUGGUGUUCGCUGGACAUGUCGCGCCGAUCGAACACCAGUGGAAUCAGCACGGCUUAGGCGGCGAUAAUGUGAAGGGAAGCUGCCGGGACAUCCACCCCGGUCCGGUUAGUCUCCUCCACUGGAGCGGCAGCGGCAAGCCGUGGCUUCGGCUCGACUCCAAGCAGCCGUGUCCAAUCGACUCAUUGUGGGCCCCUUAUGAUUUGUACGGAAAUCUGUAA